CGGUCUGGCCGUGGCCCAUGGCCUGGCUGAAGCCGGUGCCAACGUGGCCCUGUGGUAUAGUUCAAACAGCAGUUGCAACGAGCGAGCGGCCGAAAUUGCCUCCAAGUACGGUGUCCAGAGUCAGUGGCCCUCGGACCCCUCCCCACCUGCGGCAGGAUAUGGUUUACUAAUUCCGUCCAGCCAAGGCUUACAAGGUCGAGAUCACCAACGCAGAUGCUGUAAAGGCGGCCGUCGAUCAGGUUGUGCAGGACUUUAACGGCCGACUGGAUGUUUUCAUCGCCAAUGCCGGUAUUCCCUGGACUAAGGGUCCCAUGGUCGACGGCCCGCUGGAUCACUACUCGAGCGUUGUUGACAUUGAUUUGAAUGGCACCUUUUAUUGCGCCAGAGCGGCGGCAGCUCACUGGAGGAGACAGAAGGAGGAGGGCACCGACAUCAACGGCAAGAAGCUAGACAACUUCACCUAUGGCAGCUUUGUGGCCACCGCUUCCAUGAGCGGUCACAUUGUCAACGUCCCUCAAUUGCAAUCGGCAUACAAUGCUGCUAAAGCGGCUGUCAUCCAUCUUUGCAAGUCGCUGGCCGUCGAAUGGGUGCGGUUCGCGCGCGCCAACACCAUCUCCCCGGGAUACAUCGCAACUGAAAUCUCCAACUUUGUGCCGGCCGAGACCAAGAGCAUCUGGAAGGAUAAGAUCCCGAUGGGACGUGAGGGACAACCGGAGGAGCUCAAGGGAGCAUACCUGUAUCUGGCAUCAGAUGCAUCCAGCUACACGACUGGAGCGGACAUUGUGGUUGACGGUGGAUACUGCGCUCCAUGAAUACCAUG